UAUCGGUUUUCACUGGCUGUUGCUGCAGCGAAUGCCGGAAGUUGUUGUCUGCUCGCUUUCCUUUCCCCACGUGAGUUUGUAAAGCAUCUACCUGGAAGCUAGCUGCCGGUCGGCAUCAUGCUUCGUCGCGAGGUGAGACUGAGGCGGGAGUACCUGUACAGGAAGGCCCAGGAGGACAGGCUGCGCACCAUCGAGGAGAAGAAACUGAAGCUGAAGGAUGCGCUCGACAAAAACACUCCCCUUCCACCCGACGUGCGCAAAGAAGCCCUGGGGCUGCAGAAACUGCUGGAGUAUGACGACGAAGGCGCAGAAGGCGUCAGCUCUCACAUGGACGACGAGUAUAAAUGGGCGGGAGUGGAAGAUCCCAAAGUGAUGGUCACGACGUCCAGAGACCCGAGCUCCAGACUCAAAAUGUUUGCCAAGGAGCUAAAGCUGAUGUUUCCUGGAGCCCAGCGUAUGAACAGAGGGAACCACGAGGUGGCUGCGCUGGUGCGAGCCUGCAAAGCCAACAACGUUUCAGACCUCGUUAUUGUGCACGAAACAAGAGGACAGCCAGAUGGCUUGGUUGUUUGCCACCUACCAUUUGGACCCACAGCUUAUUUCACGCUCUACAAUGUGGUAAUGAGGCACGAUGUUCCCAACAUAGGCACCAUGUCUGAGGCCUACCCCCACCUCAUUUUUCACAACUUCACCUCACGCCUCGGCAAAAGGGUGUCGAAUAUCCUGAAGUAUCUGUUCCCGGUCCCCAAGGAGGACAGCAGGCGUGUAAUCACAUUCGCCAACCAGGAGGACUUUAUCUCCUUCAGGCAUCACACCUAUAAGAAAUCCGACCACAAGAACAUAGAGCUGGCAGAAGUAGGACCCAGGUUUGAAAUGAAACUGUACAUGAUCAAACUGGGUACCCUGGAGAACGAGAGCACGGCAGACGUGGAGUGGCGUCAUCACCCCUACACACACACCGCUAAGAAAAGGAAGUUCCUCAGCGUGCAGUAAGGCAGGAGAAACCAGUGGAUAAACCAUAAACCAGCCGCACCAUUGUCACAAGUCAAACUCUCUGCUCUGCAGUUCUAUUGUGGGGUUUAGGAAAUUGUGAUUCAGGCUUUGUUGGAGCAACAUACAACAUGAUCAUAGACGUCUUUGUAUCAUACAUAUUGAAGUAGAAAAAUUCUGCGUUAAAUUGGGUGCUUCUGUCAGUCAUCCAGUUUGAUUAGAUCCUUUAUGACUAUGUAUUGUUCUUUUUUUUUAAUAAAACAUGUCUAUCAUAUGUGCUGUCUUAUUUUAUUUGACCACCGAUGGAGAAUAAACAUGUUUAUUUUUCCUUA